UGAGCUAUUUUUACAACAGAGAAUUAGUGUUGUUGUGAAAAGAGAAAUCAAAUCACAUGAACAGAAUUUAAUUUUCGGUUGUGGACUUCUGGUAAUAUUUUCUCCUAACAAUUCUUUCUCUUGCAAUUUAAAGCUCAUAAUAUUAUGCAUAUUUCCAACUUUUUUCAUCAUGCUUAGAAUCAAUUUCACCUGCUGAUUUAACUUUGUAGAGAUGACAUUGGAGUGGUUUUUAAUUCUUUGAUAAUCUUAUACAAAGUUCUACAAAUUCAAUAAAGAGAUCAAAAGUUAAAUUUGAUGUAUAUCAUUUUAAAACAGACUUCGAAUAAAGAUUAGAGAUGGUGUCACACCAUUUUUUAUUUUUUUUUGAAAGAAGAUGGUGUCACACCAUGUUCAGUAGCGUUAUUUUGAAAUGAAACUAGUGUCAUUGAAAAUAUAAUAAUAUUGUUGAACCAAACGUAGCCGUUAAGUAACCAAAAAUUCAUAAUAAAAUGUUGAGCAAUCCUGAAAUUUUGAACUUUCUUUGAGUUGUAUGUAUCAUUUUAGGAUGAGAGUAAUUCCAUCUAAGAGUCAAAAUCAAUGCUUACAACUAUGAAGACAUGAUAUCCAAAUAAUAUUGUUUUUAAUGUUGUAUUGUUGUUAGAAGUUGAGUAUUUAACUGUGAAAUAUACUUUAAUAUUUGAAAGAGUUUUCUGAUUUUUUGAUAUCCCACAUCGAAUAAAUCACUCAUUUACAUUAUUUUAUUCUAUUAUAUAAAUGGUCGACUCUCAAAUACUUGAGAUAUCAAAAAACAAAGUUAUAAACUUGUUUAUUAAUUGCUCUUUGGCUUUAUUUAAAUUGGCAUUGGACGUGGGGUCUACUACAUUGGUCAAGUCAAAGUUAUUCAGCUAGAGACUAUAUCAGUCAGCUGAUCUAGAAUUCCAACCGUCUGUCCUUCAUCAACGAUCGAGAUCUCAACAAUGUUCGAUACCAAGCCACUUGUGUCUGCAAUGGCCUCAAUUGUGUUCAUGCGAACCAUCACGAAUGAGCUCAUUCCUCAUGAGCUCCUACAAUUUUUUCAAGCUGGAAUUCACCAUCUUUUUCGCCAAUCCUCCGCACAAUUCACCAUACUCAUUGAAGAAUUUCAAGGGAUGGCAAGAAACCAAGUUUUUGAGGCUGCACAAGCCUAUCUAGGAACUAAAGCAACUGUCUCAGCAGACAGAGUUAAGGUAAGCAAAUCUGAGGAUCAUAAAGAGCUUGCAUUCAAUAUUGAUAGAAAUGAAGAAGUGAGUGAUGUUUUUGAAGGUGUUAGUGUAAAGUGGAAACUAAUAUGUAUACAAGUCGACUCAUCAAGAAUUAGACAUUACGAUAAUGACUCCUCACCCGUGUCAGAAAUAAGAUCCUAUGAGCUAACUUUUCACAAGAAGCACAAGAACAAGAUCUUCGAUUCAUAUUUGCCUUAUGUGAUGGAGAUAGCUAAACAGAUUAAACAAGGAGACAUGGCAAUCAAGAUUUACUCAAAUGAAUAUAGCUGGUCUGGUGAUGUCAAGUUUAAUCAUCCAAUGAGUUUCGACACUCUUGCAAUUGAUGAAGAGCUUCAAAGGGAUAUUAAGAAUGAUUUGGACAAAUUUGUGAGGUCUAGAGAGUUUUAUAGAAGAACAGGGAAAGCUUGGAAACGCGGUUACUUGUUGUAUGGCCCUCCUGGUACUGGAAAGUCUAGUUUGAUUGCAGCCAUGGCUAACUAUCUCAACUAUGAUAUCUAUGAUUUAGAUCUCACUAAUGUACAAGAUAAUAAGCGCUUGAAGCAACUUAUUCUUGACAUGUCCAAUCGUUCUAUACUUGUGAUAGAGGAUAUUGAUUGCACCGUAAAAUUGCAAAACCGAGAAGAAGAUGAAGAAAUUGUUGAUAAUGGAUACAAUAAGAUGACACUUUCGGGACUAUUGAAUGCGACAGAUGGUCUCUGGUCGUGCUGUGGAGAAGAACACAUAAUUGUUUUCACAACAAAUCACAAAGACAGGCUUGAUCCUGCUCUAUUAAGGCCUGGUAGAAUGGACAAGCAAAUUCACUUGUCAUAUUGCAACUUUUCUGCUUUUAAGAAAUUGGUUACUAACUACCUUUGCAUUACUGAACAUGAACUCUUUGAAAAGAUUGAAGUGCUUCUAGGAGAAGUUCAAGUUACUCCUGCUGAAAUUGGAGAAGAGCUCACAAAGGAUUGUGAUGCUACAGAAUGCCUACAAGACCUUAUCAAAUUCCUCCAAGCCAAGAAAAUGAUCAAGGAAGAGAUUAGGAAUGAACGGUCCACUCAAAUUAAACAAGGAAUGGUGGCACUUAAGAUUCACUCAAAUGACUAUGAUUGUUGGUGUUGUAAACCUACUAAGUUCAACCAUCCAAUGACUUUCAACACUCUUGCAAUUGAUGAAGAGCUUCAAAGGGAAAUUAAGAAUGAUUUGGACAAAUUUGUGAGGGAUAAUGAAUUUUAUAGAAGAACCGGGAAAGCUUGGAAACGCGGUUACUUGUUGUAUGGCCCUCCUGGUACUGGAAAGUCUAGCUUGAUUGCAGCCAUGGCUAACUAUCUCAACUAUGAUAUCUAUGACUUGGAUCUCACAGAUGUAGAGGAUAAUAAGAGCUUGAAGCAACUAAUUCUCAGCAUGUCCAACCGUGCGAUACUUGUGAUAGAGGAUAUUGAUUGCACUAUAAAUUUGCAGAACCGAGAAGAAGAGAAAGAAGCUGUUGAUAAUGGAGACAAUGAUAAGGUGACACUUUCAGGACUAUUGAAUGCAGUAGAUGGUCUUUGGUCAUGCUGUGGAGAAGAACACAUAAUUGUUUUCACAACAAAUCACAAAGAAAGGCUUGAUCCUGCUCUAUUAAGGCCUGGUAGAAUAGACAAGCAGAUUCACUUGUCAUAUUGCAACUUUUCUGCUUUUAAGAAAUUGAUUAUUAACUACCUUUGCAUUACUGAACAUGAACUCUUUGAUAAGAUUGAAGUGCUUCUAGGAGAAGUUCAAGUUACUCCUGCUGAAAUUGCAGAAGAGCUUACAAAGGAUGUUGAUGCUACAGAAUGCCUACAAGACCUUAUCAAAUUCCUCCAAGUAAAGAAAAUGAAAAAGGAAGAGAUAAAGAAGGAAGAAAAUGUCAAAGAAGAAUCUGAACUAGGGAGUGAAAAUAUAUAGGCCAUGUUUGGUUAUGUACUAGAAACAAUAAGUUAAGCUAUUUAGAUACUCUAUAUCCUUUUAUAGGCAUCUUUAGACUUAAAAUUAUCUUGAGUUGGGUGUCCACUUUCGUAUCAAACUUACAAUUGGGAUAUUUCAAUUUGCUUGAUGUUUUUCUUGUAAAAGGAAAAAUAUGCAGUGUGUACUAUGUACUAUACUUUUUGUUGUGAAAAAAUGUUAAGGUGGGAUAGCACAUUAGAUGCUCUUUGGACUA